AUGGCUAUGCAGUGUCAAUUAUGGAUGGGCAGUCUGGAGCCGAACAUGACGGAGAGCUUUAUAUUAGCAGCUUUUCACCGAAUGGGACAGCGGCCGUUGGCUGUUAAAGUUAUGAGAAACAAAUUUACAGGAGAACCGGCGGGAUACGCUUUUGUACACUUUCAGACUGAUGAAGAGGCUAUAGAUACAAUGCACAAAUUGAAUGGUAAACCGAUACCUGGCACAUUUCCUGUGGUAAGAUUCAGGCUCAACACAGCAUCUAGAGAGGCACGAGCUAAUAUGCAACAAGAAAGAGAAUUCUCAGUGUGGGUCGGCGACCUUAGUGCGGAUGUUGAUGACUACUCAUUGUAUAGAGUGUUUGCUGCCAAAUAUUCUUCUAUUAAAACAGCUAAGGUGAUACUAGACAGUUCUGGCUACACAAAAGGUUAUGGAUUUGUCCGUUUUGGUAAUGAAGAUGAACAAAGGAAUGCACUUUAUGCUAUGAACGGCUAUACAGGAUUAGGUUCAAAGCCGCUUAAAAUUUGCACCGCUGUACCUAAACCUAAAGGCGCCGUCACAACUCAAAGUCCUACUCCUGCAACAGCAACGGCAACAUAUAGCAGUAGCACAGACUACAGUCAUUAUUAUGAUCCAUCAGCAUAUUGGCAAAACUAUUCUGCUUGGUCGGGGUAUUACGGUCAGGAUGCCAGCGCUGUAGUCCAAGAAACAGCUCCGGUCGUUAAAGCCCAGGUUGAUGAACUGGCUUUGAUAGAUCAUAAGAAAGUUCUGGAUGUUGAUCAGAUGAACCAGGAGUUUCUUGAUACGGACUUAUCUUUGUGGGAUUCUUUAGAAGCGUCACAAUGGUUCCCUCAUGAAAUCAUAGAAGCUUCAUAG